GCUAGCUGACAAUUCUCUGAUCACAUUUGCUCUAGUGUUCCUUUGUCAAGAGUUUCCAGACAGCCCAAACGGGUGACUUGCCACCAUGAUGCCUGGAGGGUUAUCUUCUGCCAAUCCUGCCACACCGGAAGUCCAGAAGAUAGCUGAUCAGGUGAAGCCACAGCUGGAAAGAAAAGAAAACAAGACCUAUCCAGUUUUUAUAGCCUAUAAAUAUAAAACCCAAGUGGUUGCUGGGAUGAACUACUUCAUCAAGGUCAGUACACGUUGUGAAAUGGAAGACCAGAGGUUUUGACAAGUGUUCUGGCUA